GACCUAGGCACGGAGAGAGAGAGAGAGAGAGAGAGAGAGAGAGAGAGAGAGAGAGAGAGAGAGAGAGGAUGGCUGGUAGGAUUUAGCCCCGGCAGCGUCUAUUCCCGUCCAACACAACAAGCUUAUUACCUUUCUCUCCACGCGCUUGGAAACGGAUUUACGCGCACGAAAGGAGGAGUUUGGAGGACUAGUAGGAUGCUGAGUAUAUUUCCUCCUCACCAUUGUUCUCCACCCUGCUCUUCGUGACCUGAGAGCAACAACACAGCGGGAGGAACGAAACACCAAAAAGAGAGAGGAAGAGGAGGGCAGAAGGCCAGGGAAGGAAGGAAGGAACACACUUUUUUGUUGUUGUUUGUUUUCCCUUUCCCAAAUGGCGGCAACAGAGGCCAGCGCGGCGCCGGUGGUCCAAGAAGAUGGGAAAACCCCUGAGAGCAAGCCGACGGAGGCGGAACAACCGGCUAAAAACGCCAACGCAAACUCAGAGACUGUCAACAGCGAAGUUGUCGAUAAAGAUGGCACUGCUGUCAACAGUGAGGUUGUCGAUAACAAAGAAACUGUGAAUAAUGACACAGCGGUGGUGACAGGAGCCGAGGAGGGAGAAGCAGCAGUGAGCGGGGAGGUGGCACCUCCUCAGAGCUCGGAAAGUGCCUCCUCUGCUGAGCCUAAGACCUCAUUCCUGGACUCCUUCCUAAACAAGAGCGGCCUGGGAAAGGUGAUGGGAGGAAGGAAGAAGAAAGAGCAAAGCACAGCCCCUGGAGGAGGAGAGGAGAACGCAGCUGAAGGAGGGGAGAAAGAUGGAGAGAAAGGAGCCGAGGAAGCUGCAGCAGCUGAGGGAGGAGCAGAGGGAGGUGCAGAAGGAGAUGCAGCAACAGAGAAAGCUCCGGAAAACGGAGAGAAGGAGGAGGAGAAGAAAGCAGAGAAGGGCAAACCGGCGGAGACUAAAUCCACAGUUCGAGAUCUAAUCAGGAAGCCAGUUGCGAGGAUCUUCUCCCAUCGUAGCACCGAGAAGAAGGACGGCGCCGCCGCAGAACCCCUGAAACAAGUAAAGGUUCGAUCCAAGUCCCUGGACCGUCUGGAAGAUCCUGAAGCACUUAAUGCCACUGCAGAUUCCACCAUAGAGGAGGGAGGAGCAGCAGAGGGAGGUGCAGAGGGAGGCACAGAGGGAGGCGCAGAGGGAGGCACAGAGGGAGAACAGAAAGCACCGUCCUCCUCGGCAGCCACCAAGCACAUGAAGCGCUGGCACUCCUUCAAGAAGCUCAUGGCUCAGAAGGCUCACAAGAAGAGCGGUGGAGGAGAGGAUGUAAAGGAGGAUGGAGCAGAAGGAGGAGAAGGAGGUGGAGACUCCUCUACGCUGGACUCCAAGGAGUCGGGGCAGAAGAGGUGGAAGCUGAAACGCUCCUGGACAUUCCAGGGCCUGAAGAGGGACCCGUCCAUGGUCGGCAUCAGCGGAAAGGCCAAGGGCUCCGACAAAGACACUGCUGACAACACAAAGCCAGAAGAGGAGGCAGCGGUGGGAGGAGCUGAGGGAGGAGAGGAGGCUAAGGCUGACGGAGAAGCAGAGCAGGCCAAGACAGAGGAAGGGGAGGAGAAGGUUGAGGGAGGUGAGGAGGAGAAGGCAGCAACAGUAGGAGGUGGGACUGUGACGCAACACGCCAACGAGAUCUGGACCUCCUUCAAGAAGCGUGUCAUCCCCAAGUCCAAGCGCGCCAACACAGAGUGCACUCCCAGCGGGGAGGAGGAUGCAACUGCAGCUGCCGCCUCAGGUGAGGAUGGAGCAGCAGAGGAGGGCAAAGAAGGCAAGUCAGCCAAGGCCAAGCGCACACAUUUUGGCCGUGCAGUUUCCUUGAAGAACUUCAUCUUGCGAAAGGGCAAGUCUACUAGUGUGGACAUGGGUGAGGGCGCCAAGGAGGAGGAAGAGGAGGCCACGGAGGGAGGAGAAGCAGAAGAAGAUGUGGAGAAAGGAGCUGCUGACGGUGAAGUUGCCACCGAGGAGAUCAAUGACAAAGAUGCAGUGGAGGCCGAGAAGACACCAGCAGCCGAGAAGACGCCGGCGGCCGAGACCAGAGAGGAGGCGGUGAAGGUGGUGGAGAAGACCCCAGCCGAAGCUCUGGUGACCAACGGUGAGAAUGGCUGCUCCAACGGCACAGGGGAGGAGAACGCCACACACAAUCACCAGGAAGAGGAGAAAACAACAGGGGGAAGCCCCAUGAAGAAGAGCAAGGAGGCAGGAGGAGCGAAAGAGGAGGCCAACGCCAAGAUCAUCAACGCCACGGCAGUCGUGAACAGCGACAAAAAGGCGGGAAACGUGUGAGGCCACACAAAGAGGAUUAGAACUGCCCGGGAUUCGCUGAGCAAGGAGCUCUGAGCCCCCGCCCCCCCUAACUCCUCCCCCUCCUUCCCCUCCUCUCUCCCUUCAUCCCUCUCCUCCUCCUUCCUCCUGAAUAAACAGAGUAAUCACGUGUUAACAGAACACCAUUGUGAGAAAGAGAGAGAGAUUGAGAGAAUGAGAAAGAUGCAAUUCAUGUAGAUGAGAAGCGAAAAAUAAUAAUAAUUACUCAGAAAGCAAUAAUUCAAGUCCCCCAUCCCCCCAUCCCUCCAUCCCUCCAUCCAUCCCCUCCCCCUACAUGCAUACAUACAUACAAACAUGUACAUCCAGUGUUUUUCUUUUUUUCUUUGCUUGUCUGUGAGAUUUUAUAUUGUCUACGAGAGAAAAGAAAAAUGCAGAAAUGUAAAAAAUGAAAAUCGAGACAUUACACCCCCCUAUUUCCCCCACCGCACUAUUUUUCUCCUUGUCGAGCUACUUAACUCUGCUCUCUGUCUCUACCGACUCCUGAUUGGUGGAUUUAAAUAAAAAAAAUAAAAAAAAGACUUAGUUUUAUAUUGACGGCCAUUUUGGUUUAUAGUCCCCCUCAACCCCACUUCGCCCCCCUCUCCCUAUCCGUCCCAUUAGAUAUUUGACAGUACAGCAGGACCAUGUUGCUACAGUAUAUAAACUGCCCUGAGGACUGCUACUUCCCAACCAACACUGCAAUGUCUUCAGCUCUGUGUGUUUAAUGUUUUUAGACUGUUUUAUUGUGUACAUGAAUUAAAAAAAGAAAAAAACACCAUCAAAUAUUAAAAUCAAAAUGUUUUUUUCUUUUUCCUCUUUGGUUUGGAUUCUCUUGUUUUUUUGUUUUUUUAAACACAUCUUCUCACUGUUACCGCAUUCUGGCGAUAUGUUGUAAUUAAAAAAAAAUGAUAAUAAUAAUGAUGAUGUUUUGUUGGUCCAAGUUUUCACAUGUCCGCUAGCAAAUUGUCAAGAAAAGAAUAGUACAAUAAAGACUAAAAUCUAACAACUAAACUGCAAGUCAUUGUGGGGUUUUCUAUUUUUAUCUGGAUGAUGGAAGUGUUGCGUGCAGACGGACGGGUGCAGGGACAGGGCAGGGUGGGGCGUUGUGCUGGAACACCAUUGGAUGCUCAUUAAUCUGUGUAUCGAUAAUCUCAUCCUUUUACGUAAUGGGUGGAAUAAUAGAAGAUUUCUUUGUAUUAAAGUAGAUCUGUAUGUAUUAUCUGGCAGCAGCCUGCUGGUGUUUCAUGUAGACAGGCGGUGAAGUCCAUAUGCCAGUCACAGUCUCUUCACACCACCGCUGGUACACAUUUAUGUUUCACACAUUCAGAUAGAACUCUAAAAGGACACUGCGACCUUUAGCCUUUUAAGCACACCAUGUUUUAGUGAGUUAAGUGUUUAUUUUCCAUUUUAUUUAAGUUGUUGUAGCUGAUUGUAAAUUGUUUCAUUCACAUUUAGAAAGGACAGAGAAUGUGCAGUUAGGAAAAGAAAGAAGGAAAUAAAUUAUUAUUAUUAUUUUCAAGGGAAAACCAUGUACACUUGACCCCAAAGUCCAGUUUGUUUGCCUUGUGUAAAAACUGUAUACCGUACUUGGGCACGUUUCGACUAAGUACUUGAAAAGGUGAACUCGAGUACCGUCCAUGUGCACUCGGGUACUGUUUACAUCAGGUGUAAAAACUGUAUUAAAACACGGAAGUAAACUGCUACUUAACGCGAGUAGAAGUCAAGCCGUCGGUCUCAUCCGAACUGCACGGCCAUGAGUGAUAAAGCAGGAAGUCAUGCGAGAGGUUGUUUCCAAUAAAAAAAAAAAAAAUAGAAAUAAUACAAAGGUG